AUGGCUCCGAAUUAUGACACGAAUACUUUGUUCAGCGUGAAAGACCUCGUAGUUGUCAUCACAGGUGGAGGAUCUGGCAUGGGUGCAGCUGUAGCCCAAGCUCUUGACUGGAAUGGUGCCAAAGCUAUAUAUAUUCUUGGACGUCGCGCAGAUGCCCUCAGUAAAACCGCCAAGAAUGCCAAAAAUGGCAGCAUAAUACCCAUUGUCACAGACGUCAGCUCCAAGGGCUCGAUCGCGGCGGCGGCAGAGCUAGUAAGGACUGAGCAGGGCUACAUCAACGUCUUAUUUAUCAAUCACGGCUCCAUUGGCCCUAACACAUACGAACUGUUCGCCGACGGACGAGUCCCGGGGCUGAGCGAGCUCCAGUCAACACUAUGGCAGACUCCAAUGGAAGAUUUCACUUCAACACUGGAGAUCAACAUCAGCGGCGCUUUCUACACCGCUGUUGCAUUUCUCGACCUCCUUGAUUCCGGCAACACGAAGUCCACUGGCACUCCCGCACCCAAGGCGCAAGUCAUUAUCACUACCUCAAUUGCCGCUUAUAGUCGUAGCCCUGCAAAUGGCUUCGCCUAUAGCAUCAGCAAGUGUGCAGCGACGCAUAUAGUAAAACAACUAUCGACGUGUCUUGCGCCCUACAUGAUACGGUGUAAUGGUAUCGCGCCGGGGGCCUAUCCGACGGAGAUGGUGCAGCAUAUGCCGUGGAUGCAGAAUAAUAAUCCGCGGAUCGAGGGGAAUCUGCCAGCGCAAAUUUGUCCUUUGAAGCGGACAGGGACCGAGGAGGAUAUUGCAGGGCUGGCAAUGUUCUUGAUGAGUCCCGGAGCCGCGUAUAUGAAUGGAUCGAUCCAGAUCUCGGAUGGUGGGAGGAUAGGAAUGCUGCCGGCGACGUAUUGAUAGAUCUCAGAGAAGUGUCACGAUCAAGAGGCAUUCUUCCCAUGUACUUUGCGUUGCUAUCAAGCAUUGUUAGGAGGACACACAAAAUCUAUGGUAACGUCAUGCAUCUGGCACAGCUCUUUGGUAUAGACAAAAGAAUUUCCUUUCUACAUUAAGUAUAGCAGAUCAGCAGUCCAAUAUGACUUACUGUCAUAGCAUAGCGACAUCCGUAGCGAAAAUGACACGAUGUACAGGCGAGUCAUCAUGUUCUUUUCGCACAACAACCCCGCCACAGGAAAAACAUGUGGCGAAUCACUCGGCGAAGUUACUUUUAUGUGUCGACCUCCAAG